CGCUGCUGCUGCUGUAAAUAAUUAUUUGUUGAAAUUGAAAAAUAAACAUGAAGAGGUGUAUUCUACCGGAUUGCGAAUCCACUGAGCGGGAUGCAUCGAUUUCUUUGCACAGAUUCCCUGCUAAUUCGUUUAUACGCGACCGAUGGUUGUAUUCCAUAAGAAAGGUGUUAGGAUUAUUGGGAUAUGAUCUGUCCGAUCUAAAACCUCAAAUGGAACAAGGGCGUAUUUGUUCAAAACAUUUCAAACCGGACUGCUUUACCCCAUUCGGAACUAACAGAACUAGACUGGAUGGUACGGCUGUUCCAACCAUAUUCUAUGAUUGUUCCGGAAAUGGAUUUGAAAUUGAGUUAGAUGUUAUACCAUUUGCUGAAGUGACUGCGGAAAGCGAAGAAGAGCCACCCAAAUAUUGUGCUGUACAAGGAUGCGGAACUCAGAAUAAUCCCGAGACGCGUGGUAUAACGUGGCAUAUAUUUCCGAUGGAUGUGGAGGAAUGCAAAGCAUGGAUACGAUUUGCUAACAAUAAACAAGCGAACAAGCAGUAUAUCAUGUUCGGUCCAGCUGGCGUACGAAAGUGGCGUAUGUGCUCUCGACAUUUCGACCAAAAUUGGUUUAGGUUCGAAAAAGGAAAAUUUUGCUGUUUAAAGCAAGGUGCUAUACCAACGUUAGCUUCGCCAGCUGAUAAGAUGUCCUCAGUAUUAUUGGGUCAAUCUUCGUCACAUAAAAUUGCAUCAACUAAGCCAAUCGAAAAACGUUCUGCGACUGUUUCCAUUUCCAAACAAAAAGUACGCAGUUUGACCGACAAUAAUCAACUUCUGCCGGGCUUUCAUAAGUCACAAUCACAACAAACGGAAGAUGAUAAUUUCAAGCCUGCUGCUACGCCAAUACCGUUACGAUAUCAACAGUCAUGCCGACUAUGCUUUACCUAUGAAAACCUUGAGCCACUUUAUUCCGGUUUAAUCGUGGUACGUGACGAAAUGCUUGACCGAAUUUAUCUCUGCACAGGGAUUAUUAUUGUUCCGAAAGCAACGGAGUCGGUAUAUAUUUGCACAACUUGUGCGGAAACGAUUGACACAUUUUUUAAGUUUCGGCAGCAAGUGAGUAGUAAUAAUCUAUUGUAUCAUGAGAAAAGAGCGGCAGAUGUAGCACACAAAAGAGCCCAAAAUGUUGCACGCCUACGAAAGGCCAGAAAUAUAAAACGUCAGAACAACAACAAUACUUCAACAGAGGUAGUAGCAAAAAUCAGACAUAUUGCUCCUGAACCACUGCAGGUUGAAUUUCUUGAGGAAGAUUCGGUGCCGAAACCUCUACCAGAAUCGAUGCCAAACCCACUUGAUUGCGAGCCAGAAAUUAAGCUAGAGCCAGAUGUUUGCGUCAUUGAAGCAGAUCCGAUAGAGCUGGCUAUGACCGUGGAAGAUGACAUGGAACUGAAAAGCGAGAGUCCGAUCAUCCUAUCGGAUAAUCUUUCUGAAGAACUGCCGGAAGAGGAAAGCUGGACUUGUCAACACUGCAAUCAGAUUUUUGUCUUCAAAUUCGAAUAUGCUAAACAUCUGUUGCAAAAACACCGGGUAACAGUUGAAGUCAUUAAAACGGAACUGAGCCUAGAUGAACUUAACAGCAACAUGCUGGAGAUGAUGAAUGCGAAGUUGGAAAAACCGUUGUAAGAUUAAAAAGUU